AUGUGGUGCAGAAACACGUUCAUCAUUUGCCUUACAAUGUUUCUUAUCCUCUGUCUGUACUGGGGCAUUGUAUUCCGUAUUAACGAGAACCUGCCAUCGCUUGUCUGCUUCGUCGUAGACUUUGACGGCCAAGUUGCGCCCUACGACAACAUAGAGCCCCUCAUUGGCCCAAUUGUCACCAACUUGGCCACCGACACGCUACGAAGUCCGAUCCCGUCUAUUGGAUAUCAAAUCCGAUCGGCAGGCGAGUUCGGUUUCGAUCCCCUCAAAGUCCGUGAAGCUGUGUAUCACUUCGAAGCUUGGUCGGCAGUCAUCAUCAACCCAAAUGCGACGGCCCUCUUGCAAGAAGCAGUGGCAAUUGGCAACUCCUCUUAUGACCCUACUGGCGCUGUUCAAAUCAUCACGUUGUCCGGAAGAGAUUCGUUCAUGACCUUCAGCUAUAUUCUCCCCAGUAUUACCUCGUUCACAUCGGAUCUAAUGAAACGUUUCGGGACGACCUGGGCAGAAAUGCUGAUGGCGAACGAUACAAUUACGAAAGAAACUCUACGCCGGGCCGCAAGUGCUGUUAACCCUGGGGUAUCACCUCUUAUGCUGGAUCUUCGACCGUUCGGUCCCCCUUCAGCGAUUCCAGCCGUUACCUUCGGGCUAAGCUUUCUGAUCGCCCAUCUCGGGUUCACCUAUUACCUUGCCGAUGACAAUAAAUGCAUUGUGCCUGAAGGUCACCCCCCUGUGCACUAUUGGCAUUAUGUCAUCCGUCGCUGGCUGUCACUCAUGUCGGCAUACUUCUCCCUGUCACUGACAUAUUGUCUGAUAUCGCUGGUGUUCCAAGUACCCUUCUCCAAUCCGCCGGCAUCGGCGGUAGAGGUGGCGAAGAAUCCCAAUUCCUACGGGAAAGCUUCAUUCUUCGUCUUCUGGCUAUUGAACUUUUUAGGCAUGGCAGCUUUGGGGGUGGCUUGCGAAAACAUGGCCAUGAUCAUUGGUCCCCGCUGGGUCGGUCUCUGGCUGACCUUCUGGACUCUCACAAACACCCUGUCCGGAUUCUGGCCUCCUGAUAUCGCCCCAGGCUUUUACAAAUGGGCGUACGCUUGGCCGUAUCACCACGUGAUUGAAGGCAGUCGUCAGAUUCUAUUUGACCUCCACUCACGCAUCGGCCUGAAUUUUGGCGUUCUAAUUGCCUGGGUAUGCGUCAACACGGUGUUGUUUGUACCGGCAUGUUAUAUCUUGCGAUGGAAGGACGAGAAAGAAAUCCGCAAGAAGGAGACAAAGCUUCCUCACUUUCACCUUCAUAGAUACGAUAUCGAGAAAGCGAUACCUAAGCAGCCUGGCGUCGAGCCUCCCCGGAGAAAGAGAGGGUUCCUGCGGGCCUUGUAA